CAGCAGAACCAUGGGAACGGAUCCAGCUGUUUGACAGCUCCGUGGAUGGCGUGUUUAAAGUUGUUUUAGUAAUGUUUGGCUAUGAAGAAAGACGCUACAGGCAUUGAAGAGAUGUAACGACGAUGUCACUUAUUUGAUGUUCAAGACUGAGAAAGGGUCUCCCUCCGCUUUCCUUUUCCCUUCCCUUCGCUUCGGUGCAGCCGUUACGGCCGAUGGAGGCUGACGGGACCUUUGCAGCGAGCUGGAGGCCCGGAGCGUCACCUGUGAAGCGUCGUCACUUCGCUGCGGGACGAGUUUGAGAUAAAAUCUAACAUUAACUACAUGUUUCUACGAACGGCUAAUUGGACAACUUUCCAGGAGGAGAGAAAAAGUUAGCUAGUCGACGUUAGCUGCACGAUGACCAUCAUUGAUACCACUUAACGGAGCGGCAACUAACCGCGUCAGGCCACGCAGCACAGGUGAACCCACGCACUGUUACUGUUACUGUUAAUGGACUUCACGCAUUCUUCCUCGGUGGAGCCCAACAUUUCCCUGUGUGCUUUCACAGACUGGCUCCUCAAACACGGGCUGUGGGUUUUUUUGUUGCCCGUAAAAACAUUCGCGUUUUCCCGCUGACCAUCAUGUCACUGAAGGAAAACGCCUGUCGGAAAUUUCAAGCCAACAUUUUCAACAAAAGUAAAUGUCAGAAUUGCUUCAAACCCAGAGAAUCACACCUGCUGAACGACGAAGACCUGAAUCAGGCAAAGCCCAUAUAUGGAGGAUGGUUGCUGCUGGCACCAGAGGGAACAAAUUUCGACAACCCCUUACAACGAUCUCGAAAAUGGCAAAGAAGAUUCUUCAUCCUCUAUGAACAUGGGUUACUUCGCUAUGCGUUGGAUGAAAUGCCCAGCACUCUACCCCAGGGGACCAUCAACAUGAACCAGUGCCUGGACGUCAUCGACGGUGAGUCCAGGACGGGUCAGAAGAGCUCCCUGUGUAUAAUCACCCCUGAAAAAGAACACUUCAUACGGGCCGAGUGCAAAGAAAUCAUCAACGGGUGGCAGGAGGCUCUGACUGUCUAUCCCAGGACCAACAAGCAGAACCAGAAGAAAAAGCGCAAAGUGGAUCCUCCCACUCAGCAGGACGGAGUAACUCAGAUCAAGUGUUUUUCCACUGAAGACAUGAACGGACACUCAGAGCCAGGGCCUGCCAAGGUAACUGUGACCAGCAGCAGCAGUGGAGGCAGCAUACCAUGUAUCGCCAACGCUGAGCAGGUCCCAAUGAGCCGCGCCACCUUGUGGCAGGAGCAGAGCCGCUGGAGCAGGGCCACCAUCCCCUGCAGCCACAGCGCUUCCUGUCUCAGCCAACUGGACCAGAGCCAGCCAGACUCCAGUGUCACCACUCGAGAUGAUGGCAGCACUGUGAGCACAGGCCGGAAAGUACGAGUGGAAAGUGGCUACUUUUCUCUGGAGAAGACAAAGUCGGAACCUUCUCCGCAGUCUAUACAUCAUACCCAGCCACCCCAGCAUCUGCCCCUCUCAUCCUCAGCUUCAUCCUCCUCUUUAGGAGCUCCCAGUUCCAGGUACAGCUCUGAAUCUCAAUCCCAAAUUUCCCCUCAUCAACCCUCCCAAGACCCUCUCCCCUCUCCAAAAGCUCUUAUUUCCCCGAGUUACUCCACCAUCAGCUCCUCCCAGAGCUCGCUGGACUCUGAACCCAGCAGCAGGGCUUCACCCACCUGGGAGGGGCGUAGUAGUAAUGGAGGUGGAGGAAGCACUCGUAGCAUCAGCAGCAGUGGAAGCAGAGUUGGUCGGCCCGGCAGGGAGUACACGUCGCUGUCUGACGUGCCUCGAGCUCGCAUUCUGAGCUACAAAGAAGCCUUCCGCUCAGAGAAAAACCGGCAGGAGCUGAGGGUGCGGACACGGAGUCCUGGGAGGGAGGAGGUGGUGCGGCUGUUUGGGGAGGAGCGCAGAAGAUCUCGAAUCAUUAGCCAGUUUGAGGAGAACCAACCGGUGGAGCGAAUGGAUACAAGCAGUGGCCGUGGUUCCUCAGCUAACACAACGGGCCAGCAGAGACAGGGCCGGAGCGAGAGACGCUAUCUGGAUGGCAAACAUGAGGUGUCACUGGAUACAGGAAAGGACUGCUCGGUCCCACAUGUGUCCAGCUCCAAUUUCCUUAAUUUAAGAAGAGCCAAGUCUUUGGACCGCAGAGCCACAGAGUCUUCAAUGACUCCGGAUUUGCUGAACUUUAAGAAAGGAUGGAUGACGAAGCUUUAUGAAGAUGGAGUGUGGAAGAAACACUGGUUUGUGCUGACUGACCAGAAUCUGCGAUACUACAAAGACUCAAUAGCUGAAGAGGCCUCAGAACUGGAUGGUGAGAUCGAUCUUUCUACAUGUUACGAUGUCAAAGAGUUCCCGGUCCAGAGGAAUUACGGCUUCCAAAUCCUUAGUAAGGACGGCACGUGCACCCUGUCAGCCAUGACCUCUGGAAUCCGUCGCAACUGGAUUCAGGCCAUUAUGAAGAAUGUGCGACCCACCAUUGCCCCCGACGUCACCCGGAAAAACAUCUCUCUGAAACUAUCCGUUCUGAAGCCCAGAUCUAUCCCGGAUGAAAACAUGAAAGGCCAUGUGAUGUUGGAGCCAUGUCCACAGGUCACCCCUGACCCCAGCUGUGAUGUGCCCAAGACUGAGGAACUCAAACAGUCGGCAGGCAGCAACGCCGCCACUCCUCCAUCUGAGCCACGUAGAAAAGGAGUCCGUGAGCGCAGGCGAGAGGGUCGCUCAAAAACCUUUGACUGGACUGAAUUCAAAAUGGAAAAGAAAGAAAAGCUGACAAAAGAACGAGCAGACACUGUUGAUCUCAGCUCAACGUUCUCUACCAACUCCUCCUGCUACUCACCCUCUUCUUCUGCCUCCUCUUUGGCAUCCUCUCCUGUGUCUUCCUCCUCCCUGCAAACCUCGUCCAUGUCAGGUCCUCUGGCCCCUAAUGUGACGGAGGUACCAUCCCCACCUGAAAGACACGAGCAGGGGAAAAUGGACGUAGAUCACUCGAGAGCCAUUAGUCUGAGGGAUGUAGUAGACACAACAGACGGUGUAACCUCAGACGUCCAAGAAGAAAUCGAACAACGGUGGCAUCAGGUGGAGACGACUCCAUUAAGAGAGGAGAAACAGGUGCCAAUAUCCACAGCUUUAGGCAAUGCUGAGCGACUGCCUGCACAUGAGCUAGCUGCACUGCUGGACAAGGAGUUGGGACAAAAGCAGAAGGAGCUGGACCGACUACAGGAGCAGAACAACCUGUUAAAGGAGCAGCUGGAUGAUGCAGUGGGGAGAGAACAAAGAGCCAGGCAAGGAUAUGUGCUGCAGAGUGAAACAACACCUUCCUCAUCACCACGCAAGGUGCCAUGGCAACAGUUACACAACCUCAAUCAAGAUUUACAGGGUGAGCUGGAGUCCCAGAAGUGCAAGCAGGACCUUGCGCAGCAGCGGAUCCGGACCUUAAAGAGGAGCUACACUGAAGCUCAGGAUGCCGUAGGCCGCCAUGAGACUGACAUCCAGGCUCUGCAGAGCAAACUUGCAUCUGCUAUGGCGGAGAUCUUGGCUAGUGAGCAGGCUGUGGCCCGCAUGCGCAAUGAGCUCAAGCUAGAGCAGCAGCGAUCAAAAGAACAAGAGGAGGAAUACGGUCUCACUGAGGCAACCUUACGAGCCCAGCUGAAGGACAGUGAAGACAGGCUCCGUGAAGUUGAGGCAAGCCUUUUGGAGAGAAACCAGGCUCUCAGGCACCUGGAGCGCCAGCAGGCCCUUCAACGAGAUCACAUGAAAGAGAUACAGAGGUUGCAAGAGAGGCUACAAGAGGUAACGGCUCGACUAAUUGCUACCGAAGAGGGCCAGGCACUAAAGGAGGAGCGCCUGAGGAAUGAGCACUGCAGCAUGCAAGAGAAACAUGAGAGGGAGAGACAGAAUCUGUGUAGAAGAUUGGCUGAGGCUGAAACGACACAGAAGGAAGUAAAAGACAGAUUGUUGGAGGCUGAGCAACAGGUUGAGGCCUUGUUAAGAGGGAGGCGGGCCUCAGGUGGGAAGGAGUGCAAGGAGGAAAUGCUAAAGAUGCAGGAGCAGCUGGCCCAGAAGACUGACAUGGUUGAGACGUUGAGGGAAAGUGUGCGAAGGUUGGAGGAGGAGAAAGGCCAGCUGACCUGUCGCUGUCAGGAGCUCCUCAACCAGAUCACAGAGGCAGACCGUGAAGUAAACAAGCUCCGCACUCGUCUGGAAACCGAAGAAGCAGAUUACUACACCCUGGAGCAUUCAUAUGAGAGAGCUACUCAAGAGUUUCAGAAGAUGAGCCAGUUCCUUAGAGAAAAAGAAGACGAGAUCAAGCAGACUAAGGAGAUGUAUGAGAGGUUGAUGGAACGUAAAGAGCAGGACCUAAAAGAGGCUCUUAUCAAAAUGACUGCGCUUGGCACCAGUUUGGAGGAGACUGAACAGAAGUUACAAGCAAAAGAGGUGCUUAUUUGUCAGAUGAGUCAAAGUCUUAUUAGUAAGACUGAGCCCUGCAGUGCUAAAGAUCUGCAAGCCAAACUUGUUGUUGCAGAGGAUCGCAUUGAAGAGUUGGAGCAGCACCUCACCGCCCUGCAGCUAGGCUACUCCGACCUAUACUUGGAAGACAAACCAAUCUCAGACCAGGACAGAAAGGGAAUAGUUAAAUCAUCAUCUCCCUUGUCAUCAAAUACUGAGCUGUCUAUAGAUGACUCUAAGACGGACAGAAAUCUCUCUGAUGAUCAAGAGUCUGAAGCUAAGAGACCAAGGAUACGAUUUCCAAGUAUUCAGUGCCAAAAAUAUGUCGACCCCGAAGGUGCAGAUGGAAGCCAUGAGAGCAGUCUUUUUGUUGAAAGAGACCAAACGAGUAACCAAGAUGUAAACGUAGACCCUCAGUCAGCUGACGCAAACAUCUCUGAUAUCGCACUCUCACACACUAGUGACCCAGAGAAGUUCAUCGCCAUCAUACACACACUAGAAGCAAAACUGCUUGCCACUGAGGAGAAGCUGAGAAAUCUCACUCAGAAUCUAGACUUGCAGCGAGCCGCAGAGACCACAGACAUCUCUCAGAUGUCUGAAAACAUGCCUCGUUUGCCAGCGGACGUUGCGAGUGUUGGGAGCGUGAUAAGGAGCAGUUCUGCUUUCAAGCAUUACACCGACGCCUUGGUAUGUGUUGAAAAUGGACGAGAGAAGGUAAGGGCUGUGCUAAGUCGCUCCCAUGGUACCAGUGAUUUACACCUGCACUCACUUUCAGAGAUAGAGAGCGAUUUGUUCAGUGCUUCUCUGCACAUUCGACAAGGCCAAAAGAGGCUGGAAGAGCAGUCACCGGCUGUCCAUCAAGCUCAAACCCCAGAGACUGUAGACAACGAAGCACUGCUUCUCUUUGCCAAAACCUUGUCCUUUGAAGCCGCAGUUUUGAGCAAAAUGGCUUUGUUAAUACAAACCUCCAAGUCCGACCUCUUGCAAGCUCUUGUUGAGAUAUGGGAAGACUUGGAGCACGUCAUAACGAGUGAAAAAGAUUGCUUGGCAAUAGUUUAUGCUGAUGUCUUGACCAGGAAGCUGAUGUUGGAGAGUGCAUUCUGGAAGGAGCUGGAGAAAUCUGAGGCUGAUGCUGCUGGGUUGAAAGAGAGCGAAGCAGCUGGUGUAGAUAAAAGCGUCGUCUUUAACACCUUCCUUAAAGCAGAAAUUGCUUACUCAAUGGAAAACCUCAAACUUUGCUAUGAAGAGAAAUUCAAAGUACUUAAAGGGGAGUUGGAUGAUGCCCACAACAGGCUUUAUCAAAGGGAAAUGGCUCUUAAAGCAAUUAUUGAUGCUUCAAAAAGACCAGAUUUAAAAUCUGUAAUCAAAGAUGUGAAAAAGGACCUUGGUAUUGGCAAACAGAAGUUAGCUGACAUUCGUCCCCCUGAACUUGCUCCCUACAUGGAGCAGAUUGAAAUGGAAGAAGCUAGAGAUUUGGCUGAGCAAAUAGUUGAUAGACACUUGGAGAGUGUGAUGCCCUCUUGUGGUCAUCAGUCCAUUGAAUUGUUUAAAAACACCCAUGACAAGCUGGCUAAAGAGCUCCAAAGACAAGCAGGAAUCCUGCAGAAGUAUGCUGAAGAGAUAGAAAGCAGCGGAAGCCACCCUGCACUGUCCAAAAUGAUCCAGGCUGUUUUAGGACGCCAGACAUCCCAUAAUGUUACAAGUACCUCUCUUUGUUUGCGUGAAGCCCUUAUACAGGCUCAAGUGGCCUAUGUGGCAUGUAGAUUACGUGUCAUGCAUGAGCAGGAGUUGGGCUUGUGUAAGCAGACCAGUCAGAAUAUGGAAGUUCUAGUGCAGCAGCAUGCCUGCAGAGUUGCAGACAUCCAAGAGAAAUACGAGGUUUCUUUACAAGAGGAGCGAGAGAACUUUUCUCAAACUAUGACCACACUCCAGAAGGAGAAUGAGACCCUGAAGAGUGAGCUCAGCAAACGUGUCAACCAGCUCACCCAGCAGCAGGAGCAAGUGGCCCUCCUGGAGGAUCGUUUUCGGAAGGAGGCCGAAGAGCUGAAGGAGAAGUGUCAAAACGAGCUCAGUCAAGCAGAGCAUUGCCGGGCCUCAACCGAGCUGGCCCUCAUAGAGACGGCAGCUGACCGUCAGCGAAAGCUUGAGGUUCUGCUGGCAGACAUAGACAACAUGGAGGAGCGUCACAACAGUCACGUUAGGAAGCUGGAGGAGCAGUUUAAAGACAGGAUCAUGGAGCUCCAGCAUAUUCACAAAGAGGAGCUGGAUAAGUUACAUUCCCAGUAUGUGGAAAGCAUUCAGAGUGCCAAGAAACACCUCGAGGUUCCACAGUCUCCUCCUUGUGAAGAGGCUGAGAUGCAGAUGGAAGAGGAAGAGCAGGGGAAGAGGCUGAAUGCACAAAACAUGUCAGAGGUGGACUCCAUGAUGGUUCUGAAGGACCGAAUCCAGGAGCUGGAGACUCAGAUGAAUAGCAUGAAGGACGAGCUGGAGAACAAGCACCUCGAAGGAGAUGUGGCCAGCCUGAGAGAGAAAUACCAGAGAGACUUUGAAAGUCUGAAGGCCACAUGUGAGCGUGGUUUUGCUGCAAUGGAAGAAACCCACCAGAAGUUGAUAGAAGACCUCCAGAGGCAGCAUCAGAGGGAGAUCUCCAAACUCAUGGAGGAGCGAGAGAGACUGCUGGCUGAAGAGACUGCUGCUACUAUCGCUGCUAUAGAAGCGAUGAAAAACGCACACAAGGAGGAACUGGAGAAGAACCAGCGGUCCCAGCUGAGUGGUCUGAACUCUGAUAUUGACGAGCUCCGUCUGCAAUAUGAGGAGGAGCUCCAGUCCAUCCAUAGAGAACUGGAGGUUUUGUCCGAGCAGUACUCUCAGAAAUGUCUGGAGAACGCUCACCUGGCUCAAGCACUGGAGGCAGAGAGGCAGGCCCUCCAGCAGUGUCAGAGGGAGAACCAGGAGCUAAAUGCCCACAACCAGGAGCUUAACAACAGACUGACUGCAGAAAUCACUCGCAUGCGCUCAUGUUUCAGCGGUGAAACUGCUCUUUCACCACUUACUCAUGGCAAAGACGUGUACGAACUGGAGGUGCUGCUUCGAAUAAAGGAGUCAGAGAUCCAGUAUCUUAAGCAGGAAAUCCACUCCUUGAAGGAUGAGCUGCAGUCUGCUUUGAGGGACAAGAAAUACGCCACAGACAAAUAUAAGGAUAUCUAUACAGAGCUGAGCAUCGUGAAAGCAAAGGCUGACUGUGAUAUCAGCAAGCUGAAGGAGAAGCUGCUCAUGGCCACAGAAGCCUUGGGGGAGAGGAGUGUUGAUGACGCUGUUACAUCUGGAUACGACAUCAUGAAAUCAAAAAGUAACCCGGAUUUCAUGAAAAAAGAAAAGUCAACAGCCUCCAAGCUGCUGAAAGGCCUAAGGUCAAAGUCUGUCACUGAACAGGUCUCAUGGGAUAGCUGACACUCCCAUUCUGGGGGGAUUUCCCCCUCCAACCCCAGCCUAAAGAUGUGCUAGCCUGAAAGAGGGACUGACUGUGCAGGAACGCAUGAAGCUUUUUGAGGCUAAAGACUCCAGAAAGAUUUAAAUAUGUUUAAAUGUCAAGUUCCUCAUUUAUCUGGUCGGACUGCCUAGGAUGAGCCGGCCGGAGCUUUUUACAAGAUAUGAUAAAAAUUAAUCAGUCAUAAAAUGUUCAGACCUGGAUCUAUAGCUUCCAUUCCUCUAAGUUGUCAUAUUGUAAUUAUUAUUAUUUAAUUAAGUGGAUCCAGAUUAUAAAUCCUGUGAUUUUAUCUUUUUUUUUUUUGAACAAUGUCAGUGAAACUUUAUGAGGGAUUAAUGACACCAUCACCGUUUUCCUCUCAGUUCCCCAAGACGCCAAAACACACAACAAUACGCAGUAUGACUAAUAUCUCACUUCCGGUAUGAAUUAUCUGCUGUAUUUUAUUCUUGUUACAGUGUUUAUAUCUGAGGGUUUUAUUGUGUUUGCUGUUGCACCAGUUGAGCUGUACGUAAAUACUGGAUGCGUGUGGAAUAGUGUGUGGCGGUGAUCGGUGAGGCGUCUGCUGUACUUUGGUUUGAGUGAUGCUUCUAUCUGAGAGUUAUCCAGGGGAGGGUGGCUGUCUGUGAGGAGGAUGUAAGAUGGGUGAGGGUAAGGAGGGAGAUUGCACUUACUUGACUACUUGAGGAAGCUUGUGCUUUAUUUUUAUCGAAGAUUGGUGUAGUGACUACAUUUCAGUUAUUGCAGUGCAACCAAACAUGCUGACCCGUGUCAUAUUCAGUGAGAAGCAGUUUGUUGUGAUAAUGGAUUUCUAAUUACUUUUUUAAAGCUCUUAAAACUUGGCUUUGUAUUUUCUGACAUGGUGUGAGGUUAUGCUCUUAGCAAAGCUAACUGUUUAGGACCCUGCAUGACUGUACAGCAUAAUGUAAGCUGCAGGAUGAUCACGUCGCCUCGUUUUUUCCUAUUUUAUGCCUUAGUGUGAACCUUUUAAAAAGAUCUAGCUUUGCUUUCGCAGAUGCUACUGUGUCGAUGUUGACAUUGAGAUGUUUUACUGUAGAGCAGCAGUCUGAAAGCACUUGUCCCUGACCGCUCACUCUAAUCUAGACGUGCCUCCGCUGAGUGAAGAAUAUAAACAUCCAUGAAACCUGUGCAGCUAUGGAAACACACUGUAUAGUAUUCGAACCACACAUUUUACAUAUGAGGAUGCCAUACAGAGGAGUUCUGUUUUGUUUUAAACUUUUACCUUGCCUAAUAGCUCCACAUGAAAUAUAUAUAUAUGAAUAUUUUUUAUUUCAAUUCAAUUUGAAUGUAAAAUGUUUAAUAAAUGAAGUGUUUGAAAAACUG